AUGAAGUCGCGCCCAACGAAACAGAAACUGAAACAGCGGGGGAUCCUGAAGGAAAGGGUGUUUGGCUGUGACCUGGGAGAGCAUCUUCUCAACUCGGGCCAUGACGUCCCCCAGGUCCUCAAGAGCUGCACUGAAUUCAUCGAGAAACAUGGCAUUGUGGAUGGAAUAUAUCGUCUGUCUGGGAUUGCGUCCAACAUCCAGAAACUACGCCAUGAGUUUGACUCCGAGCAGAUUCCUGACUUGACGAAGGAUAUUUACAUCCAAGACAUUCACUGCGUGGGCUCCCUCUGCAAGCUGUACUUCCGUGAACUCCCGAACCCUCUGCUGACCUACCAACUCUACGAGAAGUUCUCAGACGCUGUUUCUGCGGCUACAGAUGAAGAACGGUUGGUUAAAAUCCACGACGUCAUCCAACAGCUGCCCCCUCCUCACUACAGGACACUGGAGUUCCUAAUGAGACACUUAGCUCGUCUAGCUGAUUACUGCUCCAUCACGAAUAUGCACACUAAGAACUUGGCAAUCGUCUGGGCUCCAAACCUCCUAAGAUCAAAGCAGAUCGAGUCCGCCUGCUUCAGUGGAACAGCUGCCUUCAUGGAGGUGCGAAUCCAGUCCGUAGUUGUGGAAUUCAUCUUGAACCACGUGGACGUCCUCUUCAGUUCCAAACUCAGCUCAGUCAUACGAGAUGGAGCCGGGCACAGUUCUUUAUCACGGCCCAAGUCUCUGUUGGUGUCCUCUCCUUCCACAAAGCUGCUCACGCUGGAGGAGGCACAGGCACGGACACAAGCCCAGAUCAACUCUCCCAUCGUGGCAGACAGCAAAUACAUAGAAGUGGGAGAAGGCCCUGCAGCUUUACAGGGGAAAUUCCACACGGUCAUAGACUUUCCAUCCGAAAGAAAACGACCGCCCAGCAAGAUGAAGAAAUCGCCAGUUGGCAGUUGGCGUUCCUUCUUCAACCUGGGAAAAUCGUCAUCAUCUGUGUCCAAACGCAAACUGCAGCGCAAUCCCAGUGAGCCCUCGGAAAUGAAAGCCAUAGCCCUGGCAGGUGGACGAGGAGACAGCGGGACUCUUCGCUCAGCUAAAAGCGAAGAAUCGCUUACCUCUCUACAUGCUGUUGACGGUGAAUCUAAACUGUUUCGACCCAGAAGACCUAGGUCCAGUAGCGAUGCAUUGUCUGCUUCCUUCAACGGAGAGCUCUUAGGAAACAUGAAUCGCUGCAAUUCUUACGACAACCUUCCCCACGACAACGACAGUGAUGGGGACGAGGGGCUCAUCCACGUUCCUGCCCUGAUUUCUCCUCGAUCUGCUGAGGAUGUGGACCUGAGCCCACCGGAUAUCGGAGUUGCUAGCCUGGAUUUUGACCCAAUGUCUUUUCAGUGCAGCCCGCCCCAAGCAGAGUCCGAGUGCCUGGAUAGCAGUACCUCCCUGCUGGAGUCAGUUGGUAUAAAUAAGGAGAAGCCGAGCCUACUAAAGAAGGAUUUAGAAUCAGGCAGCCAGUCCCAGACACCAGGCAGUGCCACGAGCUCUGAGCCAGUCUCCCCUUUCCAAGAGAAGAUGAGUCCCUUCUUUACUCUGGACCUGAGCCCAGCCGAAGAGAAGGCCUGCAAACCCCAUGCCUUCUCACCCAAGAUGGGGCGAAAGCCCAUCAAAUCUCCGCCGCUGACUACAUCAGAACCUGUCUCCUUCGCACUGCCCAGCCGCAUGUCGGAAGCGAUUGGAGGAGUGCCCAUCCCAUCCAGAAACUCCUCUGCUUCCAGCUGGAGCAAAGGGAUUGGCAUCACUGAUAUCACAAACAGGUCCCCAACCCAGAUGUCCUUGCCCCUGAAAAACAGUGAAACAGGAGCAGGGGAAGGAGCCCACCAAGAGCUACAGCAUGCCCAGCUAGUGGCUGCUGGCAAACCAGAGUUGCCAGAAGAAGGGGAGAGACCAAUGUCAAGCAGUCAGAAUAAGACUGUACCCACUGGACACACACAGCCAGGAGCAGUUGCCCUCGACUCCCCCCAGGAUCCUGUUCCCGUCAGUUCUGUGUCUCUUAUCCCUCCUCCUCCUCCGAAAAAUGCAGCGCGCAUGCUAGCCCUAGCAUUAGCCGAGUCCGCACAGCAAGCAUCCGCUCAGUCUCAGAAAAGGCCAGGAGAUGCUCAUUCUGAAAGCACAAAUUACGGAGAGGCUGAAGCUGGCACAGCUCUAGAAAAGCUCCAUCUCUCUGCUGGUGCUCCAGACAAGCUCCACCUGUAUACCGGUCUGCCCGAGAACCGACUUCACUUCCAGACUGGUGCACCAGUAGAGCAGGAUUUCCAAGGUAGCAGCACACCCGGGGAGCAGAACCACCCACCAGGUGCACCUGGAAACCGGGACCCCCCACCUCUCCACACUGGCAUGCCUGGGGACAUGCCUGGUAGCAGAGAUGCGGAGCAGGAGCAGUCCAGCUUCCAUCCUGGUAAACCGGGGGACAAAGAUCACUUCCCCUCCCAUGCUGGGGACUGGGAGCACACACACCACCAUACUCCAGGUGCACUGCCUGACUGGGAACCACCCACAACAGACUUGUCUGUAGAUAAGCCCCACCUCCGUGCAUGCAUGUCUGGGGACAAGCACCACGUUCCUAUCUGCACAGCUGAUGACAAACUUCAGUCUCCUCCUGUCAUAACUGCCGGGGAGAAAAGCACCCCGGCUUCAGCGCCGUAUUUAGCAACCGUCCAGACAACAGCAACUGAGCCUAACCGUGGGCCAGCAGGUCCAGCCACAACUCAGGCAGACGUCACCGCUGCAGCUGCGCAGUGCACACUCGCAACCAGCCAGCCAGCCCCGCCGCAGAGGCAAGAUCACCAGUCGGCAAUGGGACAAGUGCCAGCAGCCUCCGCAAAAGCAUCGAGUAGUUCCAGUCAGGUAUGGGGCGCAACUGCACCUGAAAAGCCACCCGAGCCUGCUGCUGUUUUUGUCCCAGAAAGCAGUUCUGCCAUCCGCUGCUCUUCUUCCGCGCCCACGGGCCACCAGAGCCAUUUGGAAAAGCCUUUGGAAAAGACUACGAGGGCUCCCCCGCUGCACCUGCGGUCCGAGUCUGUCCCUACUCACUCCUCCUACAGCUUUACACCCCCUGUCCCACCUGUGAGAACGCUGGAGAGCAAAAUUGCUGCUGCCAUGCACUCGAACAACACAGAUGCCAUCAACAAUUCCAAUUAUCAUGCCUUCCUGUCUUCCUCCAUGCUAGCCUCCUCUGUGGAGGAAGCCCUGCUGCCACCACCACCACCUCCCCCACCCAAGCACGCUUCCCUGCAGUCUGUGUACGUGCCGCAUCCCAAGCCAGAGAGCAUCCCCGAGCCCUCUGGGCCAGACAACUACCUGCACCACAAGCCGGCUUCCAUCCAUCAGUACAGGCCCGAGAGCGUUCCUCCUCACAUCUCCUACCACAGCAAGCCUGACCAGCACCAAGCCUACCCUCCUCGGUCAGAGACACCCACUUCUGCGGGCACUCGCUACAACACCUACACAAACCAAGGGAAGAGCACCUCAGCUCUCCACUCCAAGCCUCGCAGCCGGACAGAGUUUGUGUCCUCCGUGAGCCCAACGGGCCUGCGUAACGCCAGCUAUGCCGAGGAUGCUCCACCCUACCCCACUAUCCGAAGGGUUCAGUCGCUGCACGUUCCCACCCCUGCUGCCUCCGCCAUCCGCUCCGUCCCCAUUUCACGGACCGAGGUACCUCCGGACGACGAGCCAGUGUACUGCCCACGGCCCCUCUAUCAGUACAAGCCAUAUCAGCCCCACUCCGACUACCACGUAACUCAGCUGCAGCCUUACUUUGAGAACGGGCGGGUACAUUACCGGUACAGUCCUUAUUCCAGCUCUUCUGGAUCCUCUUAUUACACCACUGCUGAUGGGAGCUUUUACGACCUGGACCCCUACAGCACUGUGCGGGUCAGGCCUUUCCACCCCCUGCCCAGCCGAGACUUUGCAUCCGUAUGCCUCCGGCUGCAAAGCAAAGGCCUGUACCGCUAUCCCAGCUUGUCUGCCUACCCUCGGGGUGGCCUCAUUAGCCACCUGGCAGGCAAAGAGCACAGCUUCAUCAGCAGAGAUGUGCCCCCUGCCCCGGACAUCAAGCACAUGUACAUGUCGUGGGACCUCGAGGACAUGGAGAAGUACCGCAUGCAGUCCAUUCGCCGGGAGAGCCGCACACGCCAGAAGGUGAAAGGGCCAGUGAUGUCCCAGUAUGAUAACGUGGCCCCGCUGCUGCAGGAGGAGCUGGGAGGACUGGAUGUGAUUCACUUGCGCAGCAAAUCAGAUCCUGGGAAAACUGGCCUCCUCACCGUGGCAGAAGGGAAGGAGGGGAGGUACCCGGCCAAAGCAGCUACGCCCGAGGGGGACGAACGUUACUACAUGCAGCACCCUGAGCCAGAGCUAGACAGAGCCCACUACCAUGGAGCCUAUGGGAACGGGCAGUCGGAGAAGCCGUCCCUUCCCCAGAAGCAGAGCAGCAUCCGGAACAGGAAGCUGCAUGAGCCAGGCUGCAACACAAACGAACACAGGACGCACUUGCAGCAGGAAGCAAGCCAUAGGCAGCCUUCCGAAUCUAAAAAUGGGCCCCCUUAUCCCGACUACAGGCCCAAAGGUGGUCCAGAGCCCUCCGAGCCCAUCAGUUACCAGCACUCAGGCGGGAAGUACAUCCCGGCGAACCAGGAGACCCUGAGACUCAACCACAAGGAGGCGAGGUUACCAGAGGACAGGCCGGAUUUGGAGAGGUCCCGAGCCAGGCCGACCGCAUCCAUGGAGAAACACUCCAGAGACUGCUAUAAAGAGGAGGAGCAUGCCGCCUCUCCCAUGGCGCCACCGCCCAAGCCCGAACGGAGCCACAGCCUCAGAAUGCAACACCCCGAAACCAUGGAGAGGGACUCUGCCCUCCUCUACCCAUACCAAACCCUUGGGAAACGCCAAAGCACUAUGACUGUGGUGUCCCAGUAUGAUAAUUUGGAGGAUUACCAUACCAUGCCUCAGCACCAAAGAGGGGGCUAUGUUGGAGGAGGGGGGUUUGUGCCCCCCAGUUUUACCCACGUGCACAGUAGAACUUACGCCACGGCCCUUGGCCAGGGAGCCUUCCUCCCAACGGAGCUGUGUUUGCAGAGGCCUGAAACAGAGGUCCAUGUUGAGUGA